AUGGGCAUUGAGCCAGAGAGCGCCUCUUCCCCUGGAGCGCUGCCUCUGUCUUCUUUGAACAUGGCACGUGCUUCUUCCUCAUUAUUCCACCAUUUCAGAGUCGAGCAUCCGGCUGCUGGUUACAAGAAACUGUUUGAAACUGUGGAGGAACUGUCCUCACCGCUCACAGCUCACGUUACAGGCAGGAUCCCCCUCUGGCUCACGGGCAGUCUCCUCCGAUGUGGGCCGGGACUCUUUGAAGUCGGAUCUGAGCCGUUUUACCACCUGUUUGAUGGGCAAGCCCUCCUGCACAAGUUUGACUUUAAAGAAGGACACGUCACCUACCACAGAAGGUUCAUCCGCACUGAUGCUUAUGUACGGGCAAUGACUGAGAAAAGGAUCGUCAUAACAGAAUUUGGCACCUGUGCUUUCCCAGAUCCCUGCAAGAAUAUAUUUUCCAGGUUUUUUUCUUACUUUCGUGGAGUGGAGGUUACUGACAAUGCCCUCGUUAAUAUCUACCCAGUGGGGGAAGAUUACUAUGCCUGCACAGAGACCAACUUCAUUACAAAGAUUAAUCCCGAGACCCUGGAGACAAUUAAGCAGGUUGAUCUUUGCAACUAUGUCUCAGUCAAUGGAGCCACUGCUCACCCCCACAUCGAAAGUGAUGGAACUGUUUACAACAUUGGUAACUGCUUUGGGAAAAAUUUUUCAAUUGCCUACAAUAUUGUAAAGAUCCCUCCGCUACAAGCAGACAAGGAAGAUCCAAUAAGCAAGUCAGAGGUCGUUGUACAAUUCCCCUGCAGUGACCGAUUCAAGCCAUCUUACGUCCAUAGUUUUGGUUUGACGCCCAACUAUAUUGUGUUUGUGGAGACACCAGUCAAAAUUAACCUGUUCAAGUUCCUUUCUUCAUGGAGUCUUUGGGGAGCCAACUACAUGGAUUGUUUUGAGUCCAAUGAAACCAUGGGGGUUUGGCUUCACAUUGCUGACAAAAAAAGGAGAAAGUAUCUCAAUAAUAAAUACAGGACCUCUUCUUUUAAUCUCUUCCAUCACAUCAAUACUUAUGAGGACAAUGAGUUUCUGAUCGUGGAUCUCUGUUGCUGGAAAGGAUUUGAAUUUGUUUAUAAUUACUUAUAUUUAGCCAAUUUACGUGAGAACUGGGAAGAGGUGAAAAAAAAUGCCAGGAAAGCUCCCCAGCCUGAAGUCAGGAGAUAUGUUCUUCCUCUGAAUAUUGACAAGGCUGACACAGGCAAGAAUUUGGUGACUCUCCCCAGCACAACAGCCACUGCGAUCCUGUGCAGUGACGAGACCAUCUGGCUGGAACCUGAGGUGCUCUUUUCAGGGCCUCGCCAAGCAUUUGAGUUUCCUCAAAUCAAUUACCAGAAGUACGGUGGGAAACCUUAUACGUACGCAUAUGGACUCGGCUUGAAUCACUUUGUUCCAGACAGGCUCUGUAAACUGAAUGUCAAGACUAAAGAAACUUGGGUAUGGCAAGAGCCUGAUUCCUACCCAUCAGAACCCAUCUUUGUUUCUCACCCAGAUGCCUUGGAAGAAGAUGAUGGUGUGGUUCUGAGCGUGGUGGUGAGCCCUGGGGCAGGACAGAAGCCCGCGUAUCUCCUGGUUCUGAAUGCCAAGGACUUGAGCGAAGUUGCCCGGGCUGAAGUGGAGAUUAACAUCCCUGUCACCUUUCACGGACUGUUCAAAAAAUCCUGAGCACACUCCAGCAAGAUACGUUUCUGGUGACAAAAACCGAGGAAAACAGAGUCAGAUCGACAGUCAAAUUCUGUUCAGUUUUAGCCUGCUGUAGUAUAUGGUUUUAACUUGCAGAUGCACACAAUUUUGCAAUGCUGUACGGAAAGCACAGAGUUGAGCAAGCAAUUCCUUUAAAAAAAAAAAGUACAUGUUUGGAUAAUCACUCUUUCUCUGUGAGACAGACAGACCAUAACUAAAA